GGGGUUCUUCAUUCUUUGCCGUGGCAACCUGAUCCAGAGAAUCAAGACUCCAUUCUGCCAGGUUUUCUUGCCAUUCCAGCCGCUCAUCGUGAGACCCUUUGUUUUGACGACGGUCCAAGUUCCAGCACGCCGAGAUCUGGGCAGGGUGCCUCCCGGCAAAUGGGAUGAACGUGCAAAGCUUCCCGUGGUUCUAGAGGAUCAUGUGGAUUCAGAGGCAGGCAGAAGCAAAUUUGCCCGGUUUAAGCGGACCUGCAAAGGACUUGUGAGAGUUCUGGGUAGGUUUCAUUUAGCAGAAAGGCGCAGCACCCCCAGGCCGCCCCCCCGCCAGUCAGCCGUCCACCCACUCCUGCACCACCACUGCACAAUAUCUCUCUCGGCACCGUCACAUUGGAAGCCUUCUUCCUCUCUUCUCUUCUUUUUUCUCUUCUCAUCCACACUUGCGCCUCUUUCGACACCUCUUGCGUGUGUGCUACCUCUUGGUUUGCUAGUCGCGGCCGUUCACUCUUUCACCCACAUAUAUUGUGUCCAUCACCAGCCUUCCGGCUCCUGUCGCUCUCUAUCUCCACAUUCUUUCCAGUCUCUCGCUCAGACAGCCUUUUGCCUUUUCGCAGAUCAUUACUUAGGAUACCUUGUAAUAUCUCCAUAAACGACCCUCACCACAACCAGUCAAGAUGCGUUACUCCGUUGUCACUCUUCUCGGCCUCGCCAGCGCUGCCCUGGCCCAGUGGGAUCCCACUGAUGGUUUCAACGUCGUCUCCAAGCCUUCCUUUGACGAGGUCAUCCCCGCUGGCAAGGCUUACGAUAUCGCGUGGGCCCCGACUGAGGAGUUCCCUGAGGCUAUCACCAUCAAGCUCUAUGGCGGAAAGGCCCGUAACAGCCUAGACGUCGUGGCCACCAUCGCCUCUGGUGUCGAUAGUGCUGAAGGCACUUACAGCUGGGACGUCCCCGCUGACUUGGGCUCUGCCGUUGUCUACGGUAUCCGCAUCGAUUCGGAGACCAACAGCACCAGGUUCCAAUGGGGCAACCCCUUCACCAUCAAGGCGGGCAAGGCGACCCUCACUACCAGUGGAAGCACUGCUUCUGCUACCGAGUCCAGCGUCACCAGCACCAAGGCUAGCUCAACCACGUCCUCUGUUGAGACCAAGACCACCUUGACCACCACCUUCUCCCCCAACACCUCCUCCACCACCGCUCCCGCCGAGACCACCGUCACUUCCGUGAUCGACGAGGAGGAGGUCACCACCACCACUGCCGCCGCUACUUCCUCCACUGCCAUUCCUACCGGUGCCGGUGUUCGUGCCGUUGGUGGCGCCAGCUCUUUUGCCCUUCUCGGUGGUGUCGCCCUCGCCGUCCUUGCUUUCUAA